AUGUCUCAGCCUCAGCUGAGAUACUCGCAUAUCUGGAUCGACAUCGAGGAUUUGAUACUUGUCAUCGAGUCUAGGUCUCGACUUACGACACUUCGUGAAAGUAAACCCCUAGUCGAGGGGUUCCCAGGUACUUUCAGUACUCCAGACUUUAUAACAGGAUCUCUCUGCUCCCGAGCCUUGGUAAUGUCCUUUGGAUUCGGAGUGGGUGAUUUCCUUGCCGUGGGAAGACUGGUGCUUGAUCUUUACAACGCAUGCAAAGAUGCCCCCGGCGAGUUUCGAGAAAUAUGUCACGAACUCAGCUCCAUUCACACCGUUCUUUCGGGGCUAGCAACUCAAGCACAAGAUCCGACCUCAUUACUGGUCAAGCAAGGCAAAGAAAGAAUUCCAGAAUGGACGAAGAUCCAGGAGAAUCUCGAGUUCACAUUGGGAGAGCUGCAAGAUCUCGUCAAGCGGUACUAUAAAAUGGGACGAAACGCCUGGCUAAGAAUUCAGUUUGUCUCGGAAAAUCUGGCACAGUUGACAGGAAGGUUGACUUUUCACCUAAAUGUCAUCAAUGCAUUCGUUGGAAGCUUGAGUCUUUCGGCGCUGGGGAGGAUGGAGCCGGCUUUGGGUAGGAUAGAAGUCAUGCUCAGAGAGUCUGUGAGGGAAGAGAGGAGAGGAGACAAAGAACCCACUGUUCUCAGUGCCUAUGAGAAGAAUGACGAGAUAUCUUGGGAAAAAGUUGAAAGAGACUUGGCACUGGAAGGUGUGUCGAAGCAAGAGUUUGAGAAGAACAAGGACAGAAUCAAGGAGCUCUUGAACUGGGUUGUGGAGAAUGGAGCGGAUUUAGCGGCGUUGGAGGAAGUAGGCGUUGGAGACUCUGUGUCUCAGACUGGCGAUGAUCUGAAAGAUGAUCUGGCUAUAGAACGGAAGCCGAUAGCUAUUGAGCAUAAGGCGCCAACUGCGGCUGAACUCAAGAUCAUUGAGACCUGGACUAAGGCCGCUAUACCACGCAGAGGAGCCCGGGGGGUGUUGACCAAGGAAGCCAGUAAACAAGCGCGCGGGAUUGGAAGAUUCUUCUCGAGCUCCAAAGCAGGUGAUAGGAAGUACACGUACAAUGCCAGAGCUAUUGAAAAUUACAGGGCUCAACGACCGAAUGAACUUUCAUACACCAAAGAUGAGAGAUUGGAGGUUGCCGCAGGCAGUAGCGAAUGGUGGCCUGCUCGCAACGCUGGUGCCAAGAAGGGCGUAGUCUCUUCUGAUGCAUUCGUCCUUGAGUCUGAGAUCAUUUGGGAAGAGACGAUGGCCAAUUCCUCUCUUACUCGUCUUUGGAGUAAGCUGGACAUCGAGCUUGAUGACAAUUUUUAUCCCCUUUUCUACUAUGGCAAGACAGUCGCGAAAGCUUUUGCCAGAGAAGGAUAUAGUGCGCCUCCCUGGUGCUCAAACGACCUCUCUUUCAAGAAGCAUGAAAUACUCGAACUUUCAACUUCCGACGGGCUGUGGGUAAUGGGUCGAAAUGAGCAAGGAGAGAUUGGAAUUGUCCCAUCAGACCAUUUGGGUAUUCUGUGGUAUAAGGACGGAGUGUCCAGUUUCAAUCUUAUGAGUAGGGGGGAAGUGAAGAGUGUUUCCAUUGAGGCACUGCAGAGAAAUGAGAACGGAGUAUUCGACGACUUCUUGACGAAAAAUGCAAUUUUGAGGAAUUGGGGAUGAGCUUCGGUAAUGUUGAUUUAUCUCAAGUUGUGUAUAGCAAGUGCAUAGC